UUACAACCAGGAGAGGGAGGAUUCACUGCGGCUGGAAUUUGAACAAAGUUCCUGAUAAUUAUCUUACACAUUGUUAUCUGUUAUCUGUAAGUUGCGCUUUGUUAUUUUUAAAACAGAAAUCUGAGUGAAACGGGGCGCCAUUUGUUGCGUCUAUGUCUUCCUCCUCUUGUCCCUCUGUGAUCUUCCUGAAAACACCUGCGUGAUUCAGGUAACUCACCGGUGGAGAGGGAAGUUUGGCACUGAGCGGCAGAAAGUUCAUCCUGCAGGAAUGUGUUCCAGUCGGGGUAUAUGCGGCGGCAACAGUCGCUCCAACAGGUCGUCCAACUCAGAGAGCACUGGUUCAGGUGCGCACUACGCCCUCUGUGCCCUGGGAGUGGGACUUAUUGCCCUAGGCAUUGUCAUGAUUGUGUGGACUGUGAUACCACAGGACGGAGAGGCCUCAGGCGCCUCCCCCGCCCCAUCAGGCAACACUACCACAGGGUCUGAUGAUGUUGAUGAUGAGGAUGAACAAGACAACAAAAGGUCUGCAACGGUGGCAAUGGUGCUGAUAGGAGUUGGGGCAGCCAUGUUACUUUUAUCUAUUUUCCUUGGUGUGAGGAGCAAGAGAGCGCGACGCAACAGAAGAAACCAGCCGGCGGCAGUAGGAGUUCCCUUCAUGAACCAUGUGGCGGGGGAGCAGGAGGAAGCUGCUCCAGACCCAACGACAUACAACGUGCCGAGCUAUGAUGAGGUCGUUGGCAGUGACACCUACCCGGUCCGCAAUAGCAACCUUCGCCAAAGCACCUCGCAGCUGCCGUCCUACGAGGACAUCAUAGCUGCUGUGGAAAACGAGGGAGCAGAGUCCACUGAUAACCCCACAGAGGCCACUCCUCUCAGUGAUGCCGCAGCAGCUUCAGCUCAACCUGCCGCUGAGCCCCCCGCUGACACACCUGGCCUCAAACCAAACCCCAGCCUGCCUGCUCGCAGCAGCAGCCGGGUGAGCCGUUUACUGCGACCCCUGCGGGUGAGAAGGAUCAAGUCAGACAAACUGCACCAGAAGGAGUUCCGCCUCCAAAUCCGCAACCCCACACAGAAUCCAGUGACCAUUGAACCCAUCACUCCACCACCGCAGUACGACAAUAAGAUGCCUGAAUUGUUGCCUACUCCCGACGAAUAAAAAUAAAUGUGUUAAAUGGACUAAUGAUAACAUUUCUGAGAACCCAUUUUUUGGUAUUAAGUAGGUUAUAUGUAUCUGCGAGCGGUGUGAUGGAGGCCGUGCAGAUAGACUGCUGAAAUGAGAACAUUGUCUUUAUCACUGAAGCCUGUAAUCAGUAUAUUUAUUAUGUUAAAAAGCAUAAUUAAGUCUUAAGACAAACAUGGGACAGCCUUCCAGUUUUAUUCAAUAGCCCAGCGUUUGUUGUAAUGGACAAUAUCUGAACUUUUAUAUAUGUUUUUCACUCAAAUAGAAAUUCUUAAUGUUGCUGAAUGCUCACACUGAUUAGUUUUCAAAAAAAUUAACCCUUGUGUGGAGAAAAGGGGAAAUAAAUUACCUGGGAGAUUUUAAAGUGUUAUCAAUUAUAAGCAUUAGAUUUGCAGUCUUUUGGGAUUUGUAACUAAAGAAAAAACACUGAGGCCAAAAAUGCAUGAUGCAUCAGCUGUUUGUGAGUGCUUUUUGGAAGUUUUUGGAAAACUGUUAGAAAUUAAUCAUGCAUUGCUUCAUGGGACUUUUACAAGUGUUCCUUUGUUUAAACUAUUCUGUAUGAUGUUUGUUAAAAGUGGUGAAUAAAUGGUUUUCUAUUUCAUUUAG